UUUUCUUCCUUCGUGACGUCUUAUACACAAAAUGGACACUCGCCCAAGAAAUUCUUCCCCUUCCUUCGUCUCUCCCUCUCUCUCUCUCCCCCUCUUCAGACCUUUCUCCUCUUUUCCUUUCAUUCACUUCCAUUGUCAAACCCUAACCCUAACUCCUAAAACCACAGACCGGAAGAGUCUGUUAAAAACCCUAAUCUGAGCUCCGGACGUACGACCCAUCAGGCUCCAAAGCCCAAAGUCUGCGCCCCGGUUUCCCCAAUGGAUUCCCAGCAGAACAGCCUGUUCGAGACGGCCUCCCAGCCCGACGCAAGCAAUGACGCCUACACCUUCUACGAAUUCAACACUCAGGGCGAUGCCGAUUUCGAUUACCCGGGGUUCAGGGACCCGAUUCGCGCAUGGCCCACCCCGUCAGACUCCCUCGUGGACCCCAUCAGCUCUGGCGCUGGCGCCGAUCAACAGUCCGAUAAUUCGCCGGUGUCCGCCUCUCCUAGCAGUGCGGCCAAGGGACGGGGUGGAGGGGCGGAAAGCUCUGGGAGCGGGGGUGGCGCUGGGAAUCAGAUGGUGGACGCUCUUGCUGCUGGAAUGAGCGGGCUGAAUUUCGAAGAUACUGCAGAUGAUGAUAAUUACGAGUUUGGAAAGGGUGAUUUUACUGAGCAUGCUUGUCGGUACUGCGGAGUUUCGAACCCAGCAUGUGUGGUGAGGUGCAAUGUUCCUUCCUGCCGCAAGUGGUUCUGUAAUUCCAGAGGGAACACGUCCGGGUCUCAUAUUGUUAAUCACUUGGUUCGAGCUAAACACAAGGAAGUUUGUCUGCACAAAGACAGUCCUUUGGGAGAAACAAUUCUCGAGUGCUAUAACUGUGGAUGUCGUAAUGUAUUCCUCCUUGGAUUUAUUUCAGCCAAGACAGAGAGUGUGGUUGUUCUGCUCUGUAGGGAACCCUGCUUGAGUGUUAAUGCUCUGAAGGAUAUGAACUGGGACUUGAGUCAAUGGUGUCCCCUGAUUGAUGACAGGUGCUUCUUGCAGUGGCUUGUAAAGGUUCCAUCAGAGCAGGAGCAGUUGAGGGCUCGGCAGAUCAGUGCCCAGCAAAUAAAUAAGAUAGAGGAACUUUGGAAAUCAAAUCCUGAUGCUUCACUGGAAGAUCUUGAAAAACCUGGCGUAGAUGAUGAACCUCAAGCCGUUGCCUUAAAGUAUGAAGAUGCAUAUCAGUAUCAAAAUGUCUUUGCUCCGCUGAUUAAGCUUGAAGCUGAUUAUGAUAAAAUGAUGAAAGAAUCUCAAAGCAAGGACAAUGUUACAAUUCGGUGGGAUAUCGGUCUCAACAAGAAGCGCAUUGCGUACUUCAUCUUCCCAAAGGAAGACAAUGAGUUGCGUCUGGUGCCUGGUGAUGAGCUGCGACUUCGUUAUUCAGGAGAUGCCGCUCAUCCGGCAUGGCAGUCUGUGGGUCAUGUGAUCAAGCUUACCGCACAAGAGGAGGUUGCACUGGAGCUUCGUGCUAGUCAGGGAGCGCCUGUUGACGUAAACCAUGGUUUCAGUGUUGAUUUUGUUUGGAAGAGUACAAGCUUCGAUAGAAUGCAGGGUGCAAUGAAAACAUUUGCUGUGGAUGAAACAAGUGUUAGUGGGUAUAUAUAUCACCACCUAUUGGGCCAUGAGGUUGAGGUUCAAAUGGUCCGAAAUACGUUGCCUCGUCGUUUUGGUGCACCUGGUCUUCCUGAGCUUAAUGCAUCUCAGGUUUUUGCAGUGAAGAGUGUCCUGCAGAAGCCCAUAAGUUUGAUCCAGGGUCCACCAGGGACUGGAAAAACUGUUACUUCUGCAGCGAUUGUAUAUCACAUGGCUAAACAAGGGCAGGGACAAGUUUUGGUCUGUGCUCCAAGUAAUGUAGCUGUUGAUCAGCUGGCUGAGAAGAUAAGUGCAACUGGGUUGAAAGUUGUUAGGAUUUGUGCAAAAUCAAGAGAAGCUGUCAGUUCUCCAGUUGAGCAUUUGACUCUCCAUUAUCAGGUUCGGCAUCUAGACACAUCUGAAAAGAGUGAACUGCACAAACUACAACAAUUGAAAGAUGAGCAAGGAGAAUUGUCUAGCAGUGAUGAGAAAAAGUACAAAGCCCUGAAACGUGCAACGGAGAGAGAAAUUUCUCAAAGUGCUGAUGUCAUCUGUUGCACUUGUGUUGGUGCUGGUGAUCCACGCUUGGCAAACUUUAGGUUUCGCCAGGUCCUUAUUGAUGAGUCUACUCAAGCAACUGAACCUGAAUGUCUAAUUCCAUUGGUGCUCGGGGCAAAACAGGUUGUUCUUGUUGGUGAUCAUUGCCAGCUUGGGCCAGUAAUCAUGUGCAAGAAGGCUGCUCGUGCUGGUUUAGCGCAAUCUCUAUUUGAACGUCUUGUUCUACUUGGGGUGAAACCAAUCAGAUUGCAGGUUCAGUAUAGGAUGCACCCAUCCUUAUCAGAAUUCCCAUCCAACAGCUUCUAUGAAGGUACACUACAAAAUGGAGUGACAGUCAAUGAGAGGCAGUCCACAGGCAUUGAUUUUCCUUGGCCUGUUCCACAUCAUCCCAUGUUCUUUUAUGUCCAGAUGGGGCAAGAGGAGAUCAGUGCAAGUGGAACAUCUUAUCUUAACAGGACCGAAGCUGCAAAUGUUGAAAAAAUUGUGACUACUUUCUUGAGGAGCGGGGUAGUCCCUGGUCAGAUAGGGGUGAUAACACCAUACGAGGGACAGAGAGCAUAUAUUGUGAACUACAUGUCCAGAAAUGGUGCUCUCAGGCAGCAAUUGUACAAGGAAAUUGAGGUUGCAAGCGUAGAUUCAUUUCAAGGAAGGGAGAAGGAUUACAUCAUCCUGUCUUGUGUGCGGAGCAAUGAACAUCAGGGCAUUGGGUUUCUGAAUGAUCCACGCAGACUCAAUGUUGCUCUCACCCGAGCUAGAUAUGGGAUUGUUAUUUUGGGCAACCCCAAAGUUCUUAGCAAACAGCCUCUGUGGAAUAGCUUAUUGACUCACUACAAGGAACAUGAAUGCUUGGUUGAAGGACCUUUGAACAACUUGAAACAGAGUAUGGUUCAAUUUCAAAAACCUAAAAAGAUAUACAAUGAUCGGAGGCUCUUCUAUGGUGGUGGGCCUGGAAUUGUGCAAAACGACAAUUUUGGAGCAGUUGGCUCUGGCAGCCAAAGUGGCGAUAGAAGAAAUAGUCGUGCUCGUGGUUCCUUCAUGCCACCAAAUGGGACCCACAAGCCUGGGUUGCAUCCGGCAGGAUUCCCUAUGCCCCGGGUCCCCAUCCCACCAUUUCAUGGGGGACCACCUUCUCAGCCUUAUGCUAUUCCAACACGUGGUGGAGUUCAUGGACCAGUCGGGGCUGUUCCUCAUGUUCCUCAACCGGGGAGUCGUGGUUUUGGGACUGGGCGAGGCAAUGCUGCCUCUCCUAUUGGCAGUCACUUGCCACAUCAGCAAGGGAACCAACAAACUAUUGGAAAUGUUGGGUCUAGCUUCAACUUCCCUGCCCUUGAAGGUGCAAACAGUCAACCUUCUGUGGGCGGCCCUCUGUCUCAGCCUGGCUUUGUCAAUAACAUGCCUGUUCAAGGACCUAGCCAAACGUUCCGUGAUGGAUUUUCCAUGGGAGGCAUGUCACAGGACUUCUUGGGUGACGACUUCAAAAGCCAGGGAUCACAUGUUCCCUACAAUGUUGCUGACUUCUCCACACAAGCUACUCAAAGUGGAUAUGCUGUUGACUAUGUCACACAAGGUGGCCAGGGUGGGUUUCCAGGGAACUUCUUGAAUCAGAAUUCACAAGCUGGAUAUUCCCGUUUUGGUGCUGGAAGUGACUUUAUGUCUCAGGAUUACAUGUCCCAUGGAUCACAAGCUCUCUUCACCCAGGUUGGCUUCAAUGAGUCCUCACAGGACGAUGUAUCGCAGAACCAUUUUGGUGUGGGCAAUCCCAAUGCUUUUCAGUCUCAGGGCUUGAUGAAUUCUGUUUACUCACAACCAUUCCCGCAGUACAACAUGCAGCCGCUUAACUUGCAGGGCACUGCUGCUUCCCAGCAGACGCAGCCACAGCCUCAGCCAGGCCAAAACUCUCAAAAUCAGAAGAUUCAUUACAAUGGUUAGAGUGCCUUUAGUGAAUAUUUUGAAGGUGAUGGGUUAUAGUCCUACCUCGCAUUCAGCAGCUUGGUGUCUUGUGCCGUCACAUAUGAAUGCCCAAUUGAUUAAUGUUUGGCUUGGAGAGAUGCGGAAAAGGUUUAAGGGUCUUGCUGUUUCAGGCCUUUUUGAUACUAUGGCCGACUUGUUGGCUGUGGACUAUGGGAGUGAGGAGCAGCCAGAUUGUUAUCUCGAGGCUGCAGGUAAGCCAUGAAGAAGAGAGAAUUGGGCUGGUACGGGCCGCACAUUCCAGCAGCUGAGAAGGAAGAGGACAAAUCCCAUUAAAAUUGCUUGGUGAUGUAUCCUACAGUCUCUGCAUGGUCAAAAGAAGGCAUUGCCUAUUUUGUCCGGAAAAAAGAAAAAAAGAGCACUUGCAUGGAUGGUUUAUGUCGAAUUGGCGGGUUUUCGGUACUUAACCGAACGGGCGAUUCAUCUCGACUUGUUGCAAAGUCUGUUCAUACAGGAGAAGGAAUAACACCGGUCAGAAUUCUCUUAGGCAUAACAUGGCGGGGUGGUCACGCCCGACCCCUUUUCGGCUUUUCCUGAAUUGUAACUCUACUCUCUUUGACUUAAGAAUUGUGCAUUGUUACGAUGUUGAUGAUGAGAAUAUGUUGCUAGUGUGUCCCAGUGAUAGAACAGCCUCUCGGUGGAUCGAUUAUAUUAUCAUAAGGAGCGAUUGUUUCGUGUGGUCAUCAUGCCUUUUUCUUCCCUCU